AUCUUUAUUCAAUUUACUGUGUCUCUUCACCUAGUCCUUCGUUUGAUAUAUAAUCCAUAUAUAAUAUAUAUAUAUAUUACAUAUAAGCAUAUUUAUCUUGUAUACUCACACAUAAAAGUUCUUCGUCAUGUCUGCUUCUCCAAAUACAACUUCACCACAACCUACAACUAUAACUACAUCGAUCCACGUCUCGAUCAACGAGGAUAAGUACAAAAAAUUGAAAAGAAAAUUACGCGAAAUCAUGGGGACCAAUGAUGCCAUGUUAAAAGAAUAUGCACAAACAAGAAAGAAAAUCAAGUCUUUAACAUAUGAAAGAAAUCUCUUAUUAGAUAAUAUCGCUCGUAUGGAACAUAUGGUAUCAUCCGACGAUAAUAGUAGUGACCUUCCAAGUGACUUGUCUGACUCUGGUGAUGAUAGUGAUGUCAAACCAACAAUCAAAUCAUCCAAUAUAAAACAGCAACCCAAGGUGCGUAGGCGAGUCAAAAAGGAAAAAAUCAUAUCUACUUCUUCUCGUGAUCAAGCUACAGUAGCAUCAGCUCCUCCAAAACGAUCCAAGAUGUCAAAAGUACCAGCAAAAACGCGCCGCGUUCAACCUAUCGAACGUGAUGAAUCCGGUAAUCCUGUCCUUCCUCAGCAAAUUGGUGUUUUGACUGUUUUGAAACUUGGCACUAUUGAAUCUCGUCGCGAAACUUUCCAUAAUGAACGUUAUAUUUUCCCAAUAGGUUAUACAGUUAGCAGAACUUAUCCUAGUAUGGUGGAUCCAACAACAAACACGGUGAUUACAUCAACGAUUCUAGAUGGAGGUGAUGGACCAAGAUUUCAUGUGGAGGCAGCCGAUAUGCCAGGCCAACCUAUCAUAGCCAACUCUGCCACUGGCGCAUGGACAGUGGUUGUACGAAAAUCAAAUGAAAUUCGCCAACGUGAUCAUUCCAACUCGGCUUCAGGUCCUGAUUAUUAUGGGUUCAAGCAUCCUACCAUUGCCAAGAUGAUCCAAGAUUUGCCUGGAGCAAAGGAAUUACAACACUAUGUCUGGCAACCUUUUGAAGAAAUGGAACCAAGAGCAGCAAAGGGUGUUAUGGCAGCAGCUGAAAAGAAACGAGGCAAUUUGGAACAAAUGGGAAAUGCGAAUCGACGGAGCGCAGCAGCAAAGGCAGCAGCAGCAAAGGCAGCAAAAGCAAAGACAGCAUCAACAUCAGCAGAAAAUGGGGACAGUAGCUUAAUUGGAGAUCAGGAGAUGGACGACGAUGAUGUAUCAGAAACAGCUACUUCAACAACAAAUGACGCCCAUACUAGCAUUAUCACUCCAACUGCAGACGAUGAUGACGAUGAAAUAGUAGAUAUGGAAGAAGAGGAAGACGAUAAUGAGGAUGAAAUUGACGAAAUGGAUGAAGAAGACGACCAACCAAGUAUGAUCAUGAAUACGACCAGUCUGACCAACAAACCUUCAACAGUGGAGAACGACACGGAUGAAGAGAUCGAUGAAUUGGGUGCUAGUGACUAGAUACUUACCAUCAAUGUCCCUUCUUUUUUUUAAAAAAAAAAUAUUUAUAUAUACGUUUAUUAUUCAAAACUCCAACCCUUCAUUUUGUAGCCCAUUUUCUCUCUCUCUUUUUAUUCUUUCUAUUUCUAUAUUCUUCCUUUUACAUUCUAUUAUUGUCUAUUAUCUUAACUUUUUUUUUUCUAUAUUUAAUACAUCCUUUUUCUAUAUUUUUUUUUUUCUUUAGUAUUAUUAUUUUAUUCUUUCCCUCUCUUCUUGUCCAGCACAUAUACACACUCCCUGUCUCUUUAUUACUCUCGUUUUUUUUUCCAUCCCUCCCCUUAUCUAUGAUUGUAUUUUUAUAGUAUCAUUAAUGAUUUAUCUCUUACCAGAACACAUAAAUAAAUAAAAAUAAAAAAAAA